UGCCUUUGGGGACAAAACAAGCUACCAUUACGCGUUUCAUAUGUACUAACAAAGAACUUUCAUGGCGGCUACCUGUGUGGAAAAUAAGGCCAUCCCAACGCUUGAUUUUCUUCCUUUUAAGGAGCUCACAUGCAACCCCAUUUUUCCUCCUCAUUUCUCCACACCAUAUUCCUGAGCUCGGAAAAUGGAUUGGCGUCUCCACGAGGCGGCUCUAAGAGGCGACGUGCUGGCUUUCACCACUCUCAUUCAGGAAAACAAAGAUGUUCUUGGACAAACAACUGACGAGUCAUCAAACACCGCGCUACACAUCGCAUCGCGGUUCGGACGCACCGAACUGGUGGCGGAGAUCAUUAAGCUGCGGCCGGACAUGGUGGCAGCAGAGAAUCAGAAGAAGGAGACACCAUUUCAUGAAGCGUGUCGUGAAGGGCACAUUGAGGUGUUGAUGCUUUUGAUGGAAACUAAUCCAUGGGUUGUUUAUAAGCUUAAUAAAAAUGGCGAAAGCAUGCUUCUCUUGGCAUGUGGUCAUGGGCGCAUCGAUGUCGUGAAACAUCUCUUGAGCAAGUCGCCGUUGUUGCUGUCGUCCGAUGUGGAUGGGAGGUCGACUUCUCUUCAUGCAGCAGUUUCAGGGGGACAUACAGAUGUCGUCCGUGAAAUAAUAGAAGUACAUCCGGAAAGCACGAACAAAAGAGAUGGGCAAGGAUUCUUGCCAUUACACAUAGCUUCAGCCAAAGGUCACUUGAUGAUAACAAGAGACCUUUUAAAGGUGGAUCCUGACCAUUGCUUAGUAAAAGACCACAAUGGAAGGACGCCACUACAUGCAGCAGCCAUCAAAGGCCGAGUGGCCAUUCUCAAUGAGAUCCUCUCAGUGAGCCUUGAUUCGGCCCAGGUGCUAACGAACCAAGGAGAGACGGCCCUGCACUUGAGUGUGAGGAACAACCAGUACGAGGCGGUGAGGUUCUUGGUGGAGAAGCUCAUCCUCACCAACCUCAUCAACUUGCCAGAUCACAACGGGAACACCGUCUUGCAUCUCGCCACGGCUGGGAAGCUAUCUACGAUGGUAAAAUACCUGGUGGGAAAGAUGGACAUGGACAUCAACGCUCUAAAUAACAGUGGACUGACAGCUCUUGACUUAGUGGUGUCAGAUGCUAACAGCUCCGGCGUCCUUGUACUCAUACACACUCUCGAGCAAGCCGGCGGCAAGCGAAGUGGGCAAUUGCUUCCCCGGACGCCUGAAACAAAAGGAGUCCUCAAGCCUUCUCCCCAAAACACAUUUCCUAGCGAAGAUGAUCCCAUUGAAGAACGGUUGUCAUUACCUAGGAAGAGUCUUGAUUCAAAUCGCCAUCGCCGGCACCAAUCUCGCCGGGAAAGACGGAUGGAGCUCCACAUGGAGGGCCUGCAGAAUGCUCGCAACACAAUCACGGUGGUCGCCGUCCUGAUCGCCACCGUCACAUUCGCCGCAGGCAUCAACCCGCCUGGUGGGGUCCACCAGGAUAACGGGCCCCUAAUAGGAAAAUCUACGUUGGAUAAAACCGCAGCUUUCAAAGUCUUCAUCAUAAGCAACCACGUGGCGUUGUUCUCCUCGCUGGGUAUAGUCAUCGUCCUGGUCAGCGUCAUACCAUUCCGGCGCAGGUCGAUGAUGAGACUGUUGAAGGUGAUCCACAAGAUCAUGUGGGUGGCUGUGUCAUUCAUGGCCGUGGCAUACAUGGCAGGGACGUGGGUGAUCACGCCUCCUGGCAAAGGGUCGAAAUGGGUACUGUGGGCCAUGUUAUCAAUUGGAGGGGGAACCAUGGUGUCGGUUUUCGUGGGGCUGGUGGUGAUGUUGGUGAAGCAUUGGGUGAGGAAGAUGGAAUGGAAGAGAAAGAACAUAAAGAAAAGGACUCCUGACAGUAGCAUUAGUCGUGUGAACGAGCUGCCUACAGUUAGGAGGGAAGAUAGCCCUGGAUCUAGCACUACUUCUGAUCUCGACAGCUCUGAAACGUCCGGCUAUACAGUGUACUAGAGCACAGACGGAGGAUCCAGUUGAAAAAAUAACUUGAAAAUAAAAAUAUUUGAGAAAUAUCUAGAAUGUAUGUAGGAAGUAUAUAAAAAGUGCCUAGAAUGUUUCUAUAAAGUUUUCCUAGGCUAGUUUAGAA